CCAUCGCCCCGCGGCUCCCGGGGCUGCGGCACCGCCCGGCCCCGCCCGGGCCGCGGCCUCGCAGCAGUUUGAAGGAUGGAGGCGGAGGAGAGCCGAGCGCAGCCCCCGAGCGAUGCGYCCCAGCCCGGCUGUGCCAGCGCUGCCGCCUGGCACCUCACCGACAGCAGCCGGCUGCAGCACUUCCUGUGCUUCGGCUCCGAGGCCGGCACCUACCACAUCAAGGAGCAGAAGCUGGGCUUUGAAAACGCAGAAGCUUUGCUGAGGCUGAUCGAAGAGGGCAGAGGCUGCGAGGUUGUUGAAGAAAUCAAAGCGUUUAGUCAAGAGGGCAGAGCGGCCAAGCAGGAGCCGCUGCUGUUUGCCCUCGCAGUKUGCUCGCAGUGCUCUGAUGCCAAAACAAAACAAGCGGCGUUUAAAGCUGUCCCCGAGGUGUGUUGCAUACCAACCCAUCUCUUUACUUUCAUCCAGUUUAAAAAAGAUCUGAAGGAGGGCAUGAAAUGUGGCAUGUGGGGCCGUGCACUGAGGAAAGCUGUUGCAGAUUGGUACAAUGGGAAGAAUGGCAUGGCUCUUGCUUUAGCGGUUACAAAAUAUAAGCAAAGAAGUGGUUGGUCUCAUAAAGAUCUUCUGAGGUUGUCCCACCUAAAACCUGCCAGUGAAGGAAUUGCUAUAGUCACUAAGUAUGUUACCAAGGGGUGGAAAGAUGUCCAAGAAGCUUAUAAAGAGAAAGCAGUUUCUGCUGAGACUGAAAAACUCUUGAAGUAUCUGGAGGCUGUGGAGAAAGUAAAACGCACAAAAGAUGAAUUGGAAGUUAUUCAUUUGAUAGAGGAAUAUGGUCUAGUUAAAGAGCAUCUYCUGACAAACCAUCUGAAAUCUAAAGAGGUUUGGAAGGCACUGCUGAAAGAGAUGCCCAUUUCUGUAUUGUUGAGAAAUUUAGGAAAGCUGACARCAAACUCAGUGCUUGAACCACGAGGUUCAGAAGUGGCAAUAGUAUGUGAAAAACUGAGAAAUGAAAAACUGCUAAAAAAGGGUAGAAUACAUCCAUUCCAUAUUUUGGUUGCAUUAGAAACCUAUAAAGCUGGGCAUGGAAGCAGAGGGAAGCUUUGGUGGCGUCCUGAUGAAGACAUUUUAGAAGCUUUAGAUGCCUCAUUUUACAAAGCUUUCAAGACACUUGAACCAACAGGAAAAUGCUUUGUGAUUGCAGUUGAUGUCAGUGCAUCAAUGACCCAAAAGGUUUUGGGCAGCGUGCUCAAUGCCAGCACAGUUGCAGCAGUAAUGUGUAUGGUUGUAGCAMGGACUGAGAAGGAUUCCCACAUUGUUGCCUUUUCACACGAAAUGGUCCCUUGUCCAGUGACAGCUGACAUGACCUUACCUCAAGUUUUAGUGAAAAUGUAUGAAAUUCCAGUGGGUACCACUGAUUGUUCUCUUCCAAUGAUCUGGGCUCUAAAAACUCAGACAGCUGCUGAUGUCUUCAUUGUAUUUACUGACAAUGAGACCUUUGCUGGRAAUACUCCUCCUGCAAUGGCCCUAAGAGAGUACAGAGAGAAAAUGGGCAUUCCUGCUAAGCUGAUUGUUUGUGGAAUGACCUCCCAUGGUUUCAYGAUUGCUGACCCUGAUGACAGAGGCAUGUUGGAUAUCUGCGGCUUCGACACGGGAGCUUUGGAUGUCAUUCGAAACUUCACCUUGGAUUUGAUUUAASUUUUUGAGGCAUCUGCUCUUCCCAGUGGGUCCAUUGCUGGCAACAGACUGCACCCUGGGAACUCCCAGCCAAAUAUACUUUAUUAGCAUAUGGCAUAUUGUAUACAUAUCAGAAUGUUACAGGAGGUGGUGGCACUUUGAGCAUUUCUGACUAGAGCUUCUCACUAAGGUGUUUGUAAGGUUGAACUUYAGGCUCAUGCAAUCUAACAGAUCAAGAGAAACUCAGCGCUUGCAUCUCCAGUGUCAAACUAACUGCCAGUAGCCAGUGAUCCCCUGCUGUUGGAAGUGGCAGCCACGUGUCACCACUGUCACCCUGAACUUGGCUCCAUGCAGAAACAUAUCAUGCAGUUUGGACACUCCUGGUUAUGGCUGUCAGUGCAACCACAUCACCCCUCAGAGCCCUGCAGCACAGCUGGCASCCCUGCUCCACAUCCCUUUGGAAAGCAGCUCCACUCCUGAACCACCAUCCUUGUCUCCAGCACACUCAUUUUCCCAAGGCAGUUGGUUUAUUCCUAAACAUGUACUCAGAACUUUUACUGGAUUUAAUUCCCUGCCCAGCCUGGGCUCUGUGUGAGCUGGAGCUCCAGAGAGCAUCACCCCUUGUGUGAUACCCACAGUGACUGUGCUGAGUCCUGUGGGCAGCACCAGACACUCUGGAUCUGUGCCAGGGUAAACAGAACCUUUGUUAGGAUAGGAUGAUGGCAGGAGCACAGKGUACUUUACAAACCUUUAGUCACCAAAGUCUUCCUGGCCAGCCUGGCCUGCACCAUGAGUCACCCUGUCCCUGUUGUCCUSAGGCUCCACAGCAUCCCCUGCCUUGAAGAGAAGGGUGGCUUUGCCUGGGCYGAAGGAAGAUGCCACCUCAGCAAGCACUUCCCUGGCAGCAUGGCUGACCCUGCACUUGCUCUCCACCAGUGCUAGAGUGAGCCCAGACAGCAGCUUGGCCAYGUCCAGCUCCUCAGCAGGCUGAGUGAAGAGGGCCACCAUGCUGACCACCYCCUUGUGGGCUCUGCUCUCCGUUGUGCUGCUUCAGCAGCAGGCCCAGCAGCUGCCAAGGACAUGCUGCCUUCAUCAGCCACAGCAGCGGGGCCUGCACUGCAGGAUGGCUGACUUCUUGUGCCCCAGGACUUCAGCAGAGACCUGCAGUGCCAGGAGGGCCUGGACCUGGAUCACCUCCAGUGCCCUGGGCACCACCUUGAAGUGGAGUCAUCGAGCAGAGGAAGCUGAGGAGCCUGAGGGCAGACUUCAGCCUGUUUAAAUUGAGAGAGUCCCUUGGCAAACAACCCUGAAGGAAAAAAGGGCUGCAGGAAGGUUGGACAUUCUUCAAGGAUCUUAAAGGUGCAGGAACAGUCUGUCCCCAUGUGCUGAAAAAUGAGCCAGCAGGGAAGAAGAUUUGACCGGGAGCUGUCACUGGAACUCAGGGAAAGAAGACCUUGGGAAGAAGAGGCAGGCUGCUCUUGAGGACUACAAGGAUGUUUUUAGGUUAUGCAGGAAGUUUAGAAAAGCAAAAGCCCAGCUAGAAAUCCAUUUGGCUGCUGUCAUAAUAGAGAACAAAAAGCAUUUUUCCAAAUAUAUCAGCAACAAAAGGAGGGCCCAGGAGAAUCUCCAACCUUUGUUGUAUAUGAGGGGAAGCAUUGCCACAAAGAAGGAGGAGGCUGAGGUACUUAAUGCAUUCUGACUCAGUUUUUGAUAGUCAGACCGGCUGUCCUUGGGAAGACAGAGGCAAGAGCACAACGAAGGCCCUGUAAUUCAGGAGGAGACACUGACUGGCUGCUCCACUUGAACAUGCACAGCUCUGUGCUGUGCUGUGCAUCCACCCAAACCACUCUCCACCUUUCAUUAUCAAUCCUGGCUAACCAGGGAGGUGUCAAGAUGACUGGAGGUUGGCCAAUGUGAUGCCCAUCGGGCAGAAGGGCCAGAAGGAGGGUCCAGGGAGCUGCAGGGCUGUCAGCCUGACCUCAGUGCUGGGGUGGUUAUGGAACAGAUCA